AUGAAUUUACUUGUGGCAAGGGAUGUGCAGCUGCUUUUGCUGAUGAAAAUCGUUGUUCCUCAAGUGCCGCCAAUCGGAGAAAUGCUAGGCUCCCAAGAAUUAAUGAAGCGUAGCUUUUUCAUCAUUUUAAUCAUUUCUUAUCAUUUCUUUUGGAAAAGUUCAACAGAUAGCGUAUUAAGCGAAAAAUACGUUAUGAAAAGGGAAAAAUUAUAUAAUAAUGGCUUUCCCGUUUGGAAAAAUGCAAAUAAAACGAUAGUCGAUAUAGCUCCAAGUCGUUUUAGCUAUAAAAUGAAGACUUAUGCGGAAGAAACUGUGUUGUUUGCAGACAGUUGGGAGAUGCGUUUUUCGUGCUGUUCUUCAGGGCCCAACGGGAAAGCAUGUACCGUCAGUGAAUCGCAUGUGACAAAUACGGCAUUUUUGAGCGACUUAGAACGAUUUGUUGAGACACCGGCACCAUUAAGCCCAAGUGACUCGCGCAGUUGCAAGGUAUACGCGCUAGACUGCGAGAUGGUUUAUACAAGGCGCGGCCUGUCACUUGCGAGAAUAAUUUUAGUGAAUUGUAAGGGUGAAACGGUGCUGGACAUUAUAGUUAAGCCUGAAUCGCCUGUUAUGGAUUACAACACUCGGUUCAGCGGCUUAACAAAGAAUUUGGUGGACACAACGAUAUACGACUUCAAACAGGCAAGGGAAAGGUUUCUCGAGUUCGUUAACUCGGAAACCAUUCUAAUUGGGCAUAGUUUGGCAAGCGAUUUGAAAGCCCUACGCAUUGUCCACCACAAAAUAGUCGACACAUCCGACGUUUUCCCGCAUGAAAGAGGACCGCCAUAUAAAAGGUCAUUGAAAAAUAUCUUCAGUGAUAUUUUUCAAGUGAAAAUUCAGAAAAACGGUUAG